AUGAGCGGCUACCCACCACCACCACCAGGAGCUUACCCACCAGGCGCUGCCUACCCACAUCAAGGAUACCCACCAGGAGCCUAUCCACCAGGUGCCUAUCCACAACAAGGUUACCCACCAGGGGCUGUUUACCCACCAGGAGCUGUUCCAGGCGCCUACCCUCCAGGAGCUUAUCCACCAGGUGCCUAUGAUAUUUUUUGA